AUGAAGUCGCACCCACCAGCGUGCGUGUCCAUUCCUGACGUGACUAUUGAGGACCACGAUGCGCUUCUCGACUUUGCCCACCACGCGCUCAGCGACCUCAUUUUGAGUGCCCGCUUGGAGAGCAAUAGCCGCCUGCCAUGGGCGCCGCUGGCGUCGUACCCGUCCCAGACAAAAGUGUACACAGCAAACGACCCUCUGGUGCGGGACGCGUUCUUCGCGGGCGAAACCACACUCGAGAUGGCGCUCGAGGACGCGAUUGCGUUCUUCCGAGUCGACGAGAGAGCCGAGUACCUCGACCACGCGCGCUUGUUGGCGCGCAAGGCGUCGAACGCGUGCAUAUUGAGCCCGCUGAGCAGCGGCAGCUGCGACGACCCUUACCACUAUGUCGGGUUGCACUGGCUCGCGCUGCCACUGUCGUCGUCGAGCCUCUUUCACCAGCGCGAUAUCUGCUACCUUGAAGCCCACGACGCUUUCCACCUGCAUGGCGCGCGCGGCUGGGCGUGUGUCGCGUCGUCCGUGCGUCUGCCUUGGUUUCCGUGCCUCGAGAUGAGUCACCAGUUGCUCCGUGCUACAAUGCGCCGGUCGGGCUACGUGCUCACAGAGCUCGGUCCAACGACGACCCGCGUCGUGCACGUCGUCAACGUCGACAUGGGCGGACACAUACCGUCGGUGCUCGUGGCCAAGAUGCUCAAGGCGCAGGCCGCGUCCGUGGCGCAGCUCGCGCACCGCAUCCGGACGCGGGGUACGACGAUCGUGUCGCCACCAUCGACGCACUGCGCGUCGUGUCAUGCCAAGUUCCACUGCCUCAAGACCAAGGUCGAGUGCCAUCGGUGCGGCGACAUGGUCUGCAAGCGCUGCAUUCUCGUCAACGCCCAGUGCAAGAACUGCUGCUACGGCCACCCUGACCGCGUCGGGCACCGCCAAACGAGCUCAUCGACGGUUAUCGCCGAGGAAGACAACGAGGGGAGUGACGACGACCUGUCUGCGCUCCGAGUUGGCGCGGAGGCGCAACCACUGCGACGCACGGUCGUCGAAGGUCAUCAAUUCGACUGCCACGUCAGUGUCGUAUCCGGAUACUCUAUCUAA